AUGGGAGCCGUUGACUUUGUUGGGACUACUGAUCCUGACGAGGCUGAGAUAUGGUUGAAGAGAACAGAGCGUGUGUUUAAUCAGAUGUGUUGCAUUGCAGAAGAACGUUUUGAUUACGCAGUGUCUCUUCUUCAGGGCGAUGCUUACUGUUGGUGGGAGACUGUCCCACGAGCUAUGAUACAUCCUCCAGUACUCAGUUGGGAUGACUUUUUGAGAGAGUUUAGUGAUAAGUAUAUGCCACCAGUGUAUCGUGAUGAGAAGCAAAGAGAGUUUUUGUCCCUUAAACAAGGAUCUAUGUCAGUUGCAGAUUAUGAAGUGAAGUUUACUCAGCUUUCUCGUUAUGCAUCGGCAUUGCUACCUACAGAACAAGAUAAGUGCAGACGUUUCGAAGAAGGAUUGAUAUAUGAGAUAAGAAGCAAAAUCACACCUUCAGACCUUCGUACUUAUAAUGAUCUACGUGCAGCGGCUAUACGAGCAGAGAGACUAGUGAAAGAAAGACAUGUGUAUAUUCAAAGACAAAAGAGGGGACCACAAGAGUAUAGGGGUGAAUCAAGCUCGAGCAUUUCAAAAAGGCCUAGUUCUUUUUCUUCGGCAUCGAGUUUCAGUAGAGGAGGUCCAUUGGGUCAAAGAGGCGGACGUGCACCACCUUUCAGUUAUGAGUGGGAAUGA